GGAACCGCGGAGGGGGGGCGUUAGGACCCUGAGGCGGGGAAGCCUGCGCCCUCCUCUGUUGUAGUCCAUUGAUUUGACAGCCAGUUAGAGUCUGGAUCCAGAGGAGGGAGGAGGAUGCGGCACAAGUUUUCUAAAAUUCUCCGACUGCCUCUUCUCGCGCUCACGACAGCUCCACUGCGGUGCCUGUCAGACGCAGAUGCUCACUUCUCCACGCGUUUUCCAGCGGAUAAUCCCGAGUGGGCGUUUGGAUCGAUGUUCUGACCGGACGGGGCGCUUUUCACAUUGUUAGGCGGGUUUUUUUUGGACCUUUACGGCCGUCGGCGCAGUUACGGGACUUCCCUGCGCUUGUGGGCUGGAAGCGGAGACCGGAGACGGAGGAGACGCACGCGCGUGGCCUCGCCGCUCCCUCGUGGACUCUCCGGUAAAAGUUGCCUUUCUAAACGACAUGUCGCUCAGCAGAAGUAUCGAGUUCGAACACUUCGAGGAGCGGGACAAGCCGAGCCGGACACCGAGGACCAACUCGGGCUCCGGGUGCCAGGCGGCCCCCCGCGGCGCCGCGCCGGCGCCGAGCCCGGCGCACAGCGCGCACUGUAGCUUCUACCGCACGCGCACGCUCCAGUCGCUCACCUCCGAGAAGAAAGCCCGCAAAGUGCGCUUCUACCGCAACGGGGACAAGUACUUCAAAGGCUUGGUGUUCGCCGUCUCCCACGAUCGCUUCAGGUCUCUGGAUGCGCUGCUCAUGGAGCUCACGCGGUCCCUGUCGGACAACGUCAACCUUCCGCAGGGAGUCAGGACGCUGUACACGUUGGACGGGGGGAAGAAGAUCGGCAGCCUGGACGAGCUGGUGGAGGGUGAGAGUUACGUGUGUGCGUCCAACGAGGCCUUCCGCCGCGUGGACUACGCCAAAAACACCAGCCCCAACUGGUCGGUGGGCGGGCGUCUGGGCGCGUCGCGCUCCCUCUCCUCGCUGGCGGCGCUGAGGAGCGAGCUGCAGCGCGAGGCCAAGGACUUCAUCCGGCCCAAGCUGGUCACGGUCGUCCGCGGCGGCGUGCGGCCGCGCAAGGCCGUGCGCAUCCUGCUCAACAAGAAGACGGCGCACUCCCUCGAGCAGGUGCUCGCCGACAUCACCGACGCCAUCAAGCUGGACUCGGGCGCCGUGCGGAGGCUGUACACGCUGGAGGGGAAGCAGGUUUCCUGCCUACAGGACUUCUUCGGCGAGGACGACGUGUUCAUAGCGUGCGGCCCAGAGAAGCACCGCUACGCCCAGGACGACUUUGUGUUGGACCCCAGUGGUAAGGCUUCCACAGCCUUCGUGACUGAAUGCCGGGCGCUGAGGUCGUCGUCGUGCGGGCGGACGGCGAGGAGCCCCGGGCCCUGGAGGCGGAGCAAGUCCCCCGGAGCAGCGCGGCGCCCGGUCCACUACUCCACCAGUCAUUCUCCAGUCAAAUCUCCAGUAAACGGUGUCUCGGGCAGCCAAAUCUCGAACCCGAAGUCGGCGAAGUCCUCGAGCCCGUCGCCCACCAGCCCCAGGAACGAUCCCGACUUUAAGAUCCCUCCGUCGCAUCGCGUCUCGUCCCAGAAUGCAAACGAGUCGACGAUCGGCCGCCAGGAGCAAAGCGAUCGACUGAGUCCGGAGGUUAACGGCAACCGCUGCCUGCCGACCUCCACUCUCCUGGACAAAUACAAAGUGGGGAAGGUCAUCGGAGAUGGGAACUUCGCUGUGGUGAAGGACUGUGUGGAGAGGUCCACGGGAAAGGAGUUCGCCCUGAAGAUCAUCGACAAGGCCAAGUGUCGUGGAAAGGAGCACCUCAUCGAGAGCGAGGUGGCCGUGCUGCGGAGGGUCAAGCACCCCAACAUCAUCAUGCUGAUGGAGGAGGUGGACACGGCCUCCGAGCUCUACCUGGUGAUGGAGCUGGUGAAGGGGGGGGACUUAUUCGACGCCAUCACCUCCUCGGCCAAAUACACGGAGCGGGACGCCGGCGUCAUGAUCCGCGACCUCGCCGGCGCCCUGAAGUACCUGCACGGCAUGAGCAUCGUCCACAGGGACGUCAAACCCGAGAACCUGCUGGUGCACGAGCUCCCCGACGGCGCCAAGUCCUUGAAGCUGGGGGACUUCGGCCUGGCCACGGUGGUGGAGGGGCCUUUGUACACGGUGUGCGGCACCCCUACGUACGUGGCUCCGGAGAUCAUAGCGGAGUCUGGCUACGGGCUGAAGGUGGACGUCUGGGCCGCGGGGGUCAUCGCCUACAUCCUGCUGUGUGGCUUCCCUCCCUUUAGAAGUGACAGUAAUAUGCAAGAGGAUCUGUUUGACCAGAUUCUUCUGGGGCGUCUCUUCUUUCCCAGUCCUUACUGGGACAACGUCACUGACUCAGCGAAGGAGCUUAUCGGGAAGAUGCUGCAGGUCAAGGUGGAGGCUCGGUACACGGCAGACGACGUCCUCUCCCACCCAUGGGUCACGGAGGAUGUAGUCAUGGAGACCAACAUGAAGAUGGAGGUCUCAGGUAAACUGAAGACACACUUUAACACUGCGGCGAAGCACAGCAACACCACAGCUGGUGUGACUGUCAUCAUGAACACGGCUCUAGAUAAGGAGGCCAUCCGGCUCCGCCCCCACGUCUGCCCGGGCCCUCGGACCGAGCCGUGUCCCUGUCUGGACUCCUCUCCGCCCGUCCAGGCCUCCAGCGCGGCGCCGCGGCCCGCUCCUCCCGACCCGGCCCCGGGGUCCGAGUCCGGCUCGGGGUCCGAGUGCGGCUCGGCCGCCCAGCUUCGCCUCCCUCCCUUCGCUCCUAUAAGUUUGCUUCAUUUCUCUCCCUCCCCGUCUGUGGACGCCUUCCCCGACGCCUCCUCACCCGCCUCCGCCCACUCGGCUCCGCCCACCUGCACCACCCCAACCGCACUCAGGUCUCCCCCCAAAGCAUCCCCCCCUCCCUCUCCCCCCUCCCCGACUUUCUCUCCCAUCAACCCCGCCGAGUUCUUCCCCCUCUCGUCGCCCACCAAACUAGAGCCCUCCUCCCCCUCCUCCCUCCAUCCAACCCUGUUUCCCUCUCCUCCUUCCACCCCCCCCACAUGCAUGAGCCCGCCCUUGGCCACGGCUGCAGACGAGCUCCUGGAGCAGGUUUAAAGAGCAGCUUCCUGGUCCCACACGCGCGUCAUUCCCCACCGUAAACUGAGCCAGUGACCGCCGUCGCUACCUUCCCCUCUCUUCUCCCGCCCUUUUGCAGAACUAGAGGAUGUGAGGCAUUUCCUAAAAGUUUGUUGACUGUAUAUAUGUUUGUAUUUAUUAAGUGAGGAUUUUCAGGAAGGAAAUGAGUCAGAUGUCAGUUCUGGGUGCGAAGUCAUUCAUUGCUUUUAUUGUGAAAGGUCUUUUAUUUAUUACCCAGCUUCCUCAGCCUGUGGCUCAGUAAACUGAAAUUCAUUUACACACACACAUCCCAGCCUCGCUUCCUUUUGCUUUAGCAGAGAGACAGUCUGUGAUUGUGUGUCUCAGCAUAACAGAUGUCUCAACUUUAAGUUCCCCAUCGCUCAAUCAUCACUUGAAAUAUUAUCAGCCAAAGCACCAAGCAGCUAUUGAAGGCACCUGCUGAUCCAAAAGCAGUUAAAGGCUCCGUUCAUCCAAAACAAGACGUUUUAUUAGCUUCGUAUAGUAGUUGAUCGCCGGCCUGCUGUCCCAGAGAUUCAGGUAGUGUCGGUGUCAAUCUAUAUGUAAACGUCUCUCUUCUCUGCCUUAGCCAAGGCAGUGAACGCAUCAUGGGUGAGGGGUGGAGGUUUCAGUAGCUUGACUCCAGGAACCUGCAGGUUUAGUGUUGAGCUGUGAGUUUUUGGGUGAACUGACUCUUUAUCGUGAGCCUGCCAGUCUCUGCCAUGCUAACCUGCUAACUGGUAGAUGAUGUCGACCCUGUGUAACACGGCUUCAUGUGCUAGACAGAAUAAGAACCUGAAGCUUGAAGCUUUGUUUGCGCCUAAAGUCCAAAUUUCACCGCAUGACAUUAGGAAACAAUAGCGUAGAUCCAACAAUGAAACUGUAUCUGGGAAAAAUGUGAUUUUAGCAGAUCAGAUGAUUCCCGCUGCACCACAGGCUGCGUAGAGUUAGAUGUGAACUGUGGGUUUUAAGGAUGAAUGUGUUGUAAAGACGGAGGCCUUAUGCCUCAGUGUCAUCGGAUAAUGAUGCCUUCAUUAAAACCAGCUACGUCACAGCUGGUCUUGGGACUCGCCUCCAGCGGCUCCACAGGCCUCCGGUCCAUGCGGCUUUUUUUGUGCAUGUGUUGUUGAACUAGGUUUCCAUCAGCUCCGCCGGCAGUUUACAAAAAGGGACCUUUGUAUGAAGAACAAUUUAAAAUCACGUGUGUUAAGCUGCUUGGAUGUUUUCUAUUAGGAUUAGUCGCUGCCUUUUAUGAAACAGCAGCACAGCAAAACAUUAAAAAUGCAAUAAAGACUUGGACAACAGA